AUGGACGUUGUUUCACUAUAUACAUCAAUUCCAAUUCAGGACGGCCUUCUUGCUUUGCAAUACUUUCUUGAACUGAACCACUCCACUAAGUACACCUCAUCUGUUAUUUUACGUCUAGCUGAACUGGUCCUUACUACUACCGCAUUCAAUUUCAACGGAAAGUACUAUCGUCAACUGUCAGGAGUGAGUAUGGGAAGUAAGAUGGCUCCUAAUUUUGCUUGUCUUUUUAUGGGUCAUUUGGAACACAAUCUUCUACAAUCAUUUAAAGGGAAAAAACCUGAUAUUUUCAAGAGGUAUAUUGACGACUGUAUUGGCAUUACAUCUGGCUCAUUAACUGAAUUGAAUGAUUUUAUAACCUACGCCAUCGGCUUCCAUCCAGCGAUAAAAUUCACUCAUGAAAUAUCCGACAAAUUGUGCCAUUCCUCGAUAUCAUAUUAUCCAUCGACCUGGACUUUCUACAUCAAUCUACUACAAGGACACCGAUGCCCACACAUAUCUCAACUAAGUUCUUCACAUCCUCCGACUUGUAAGCAUGCUAUUAUACCCUAUUUGCAACUGGUUAGACUCAGACGUAUCUGCAGCGAUGACGAUGACUUCAAGAAUAAAGCUACAGAAAUGAAACAAUUCUUCAAUGCUCGUGGUUAUCCUUUAAACAUAACUGACAGGUCACUUGAAAAGGUCCAUCAACUCACGCAGAAAGACACUCUACAGCCGAAUCACAACGCCAACAAUAUUGAACGUAUCCCAUUGGUACUAACCUAUCAUCCAAUUAGUAAGAAAGUGGCGAAAAUUGCUAGAGACAAUUUCAGUAUCCUCACAGAAGACAGAUCUAACACCAAGGACAUCUUUCUAGCUCCUCCUAUGUUAGCUUACAGAAAAGAUCGCAAUCUCAGUGACAAUUUAGUACGCUCUAAGCUACGACCAGAUACCACCACUACUAAUGACUUAAUAGGUACUUUCAAAUGUGGUAGAAAUAGAUGCACUACCUGUAAAUAUAUAUCAUGUACUGCUUGUAUCACUGGACCCAAUGCUGAAUUUCAUGUUGAAGAUCAUAUUACUUGUACUACCAGGAAUCUCAUUUACUGUGUUCAUUGUAUAAAAUGUAACAUGUUAUAUAUUGGUGAAACCAAGCGUAGAUUGGGAGAUAGAUUUGUGGAACAUUUACGUUCUAUAAAACUUAAAACACCUGGACUCCCAGUUGCUGCUCAUUUCUCUAAUAACCAUACACUUUCUGAUAUAAUAGUCACUGGUGUUAAGAUUUGUAACAGUUCAGAAAUAUCUCGUAAGAAAUUAGAGGAACGAAUUAUUUAUAAACUUGGUACUCUCACACCUAAUGGUAUGAACGCAUCAUUUAAGACUUUUAGGUAA